GUGGGGUGGGGCUGGGGGCUUGUCGCCCUUUCAGGCUCCACCCUUUGCGGAGAUUAUAAAUAGUCAUGAUCCCAGCCAGACCCAGAGAUGCUGUAGUGGUGAGACUCUGGAGCCUUCCUGAGAACCUGGAGAAGACUUGCUGCUGAGAAGGACAUUUUGAAGGUUUUGUUGGCUGAAAAAGCUGUUUCUGGAAUCACACCCCUAGAUCUUUCUUGAAGACUUGAAUUAGAUUCGGGCCAUGGGGACACAGAAGGUCACCCCAGCUCUGAUCUUUGCCAUCACAGUUGCUACAAUUGGCUCUUUCCAGUUUGGGUACAACACUGGGGUCAUCAAUGCUCCUGAGAAGAUCAUAAAGGAAUUUAUCAAUAAAAGUCUGACGGAGAAGGCAAAUAUCCCUCCCUCUGAGGUGCUGCUCACGUCUCUCUGGUCCUUGUCUGUGGCCAUAUUCUCCGUCGGGGGUAUGAUCGGCUCCUUUUCUGUCGGACUCUUCGUCAACCGCUUUGGCAGGCGUAAUUCAAUGCUGAUUGUCAACCUGUUGGCUGUCACUGGUGGUUGCCUUAUGGGACUGUGUAAAGUAGCGAAGUCAGUUGAAAUGCUGAUCCUGGGCCGCUUGGUUAUUGGCCUCUUCUGCGGACUCUGCACAGGGUUUGUGCCCAUGUACAUCGGAGAGAUCUCGCCUACUGCCCUGCGGGGUGCCUUUGGCACUCUCAACCAGCUGGGCAUCGUAAUUGGAAUUCUGGUGGCCCAGAUCUUUGGUCUGGAAUUCAUCCUUGGGUCUGAAGAGCUCUGGCCGUUGCUAUUGGGCUUCACCAUCCUUCCUGCUAUCCUACAAAGUGCAACCCUUCCAUUUUGCCCUGAAAGUCCCAGAUUUUUGCUCAUUAACAGAAAAGAAGAGGAGAAUGCUAAGCAGAUCCUCCAGCGGUUGUGGGGCACCCAGGAUGUAUCUCAAGACAUCCAGGAGAUGAAAGAUGAGAGUGCAAGGAUGUCACAAGAAAAGCAAGUCACCGUGCUGGAGCUCUUUAGAGUGUCCAGCUACCGACAGCCCAUCAUCAUUUCCAUUGUGCUCCAGCUCUCUCAGCAGCUCUCUGGCAUCAAUGCUGUGUUCUACUACUCAACAGGAAUCUUCAAGGAUGCAGGUGUUCAAGAGCCCAUCUAUGCCACCAUCGGCGCGGGUGUGGUUAAUACAAUCUUCACUGUAGUUUCUCUAUUUCUGGUGGAAAGGGCAGGAAGAAGGACUCUGCAUAUGAUAGGCCUUGGAGGGAUGGCUGUUUGUUCCACGCUUAUGACUGUUUCUUUGUCAUUAAAGGAUAACUAUAAUGGGAUGAGCUUUGUCUGUAUUGGCGCUAUCCUGGUCUUUGUAGCCUUCUUUGAAAUUGGACCAGGCCCCAUUCCCUGGUUUAUUGUGGCCGAACUCUUCAGCCAGGGCCCCCGCCCAGCUGCGAUGGCAGUGGCCGGCUGUUCCAACUGGACCUCCAACUUCCUAGUCGGAUUGCUCUUCCCCUCUGCUGCUCACUAUUUAGGAGCCUACGUUUUUAUUAUCUUCACCGGCUUCCUCAUUACCUUCUUGGCCUUUACCUUCUUCAAAGUCCCUGAGACCCGUGGCAGGACUUUUGAGGAUAUCACACGGGCCUUUGAAGGGCAGGCACAUGGUGCAGAUAGAUCUGGGAAGGACGGCGUCAUGGAGAUGAACAGCAUCCAGCCUCCUAAGGAGACCACCACCAAUGUCUAAGUCAUGCCCGCUUCCACCUCCCUCCCAGCAUGGGAAAGCCAUCUCUCCCUGAACAAGGGAGACACCUCAUCAGGAUGAACCCAGGAUUGCUUCUGAAUGCUGCUACUUGAUUCCUUUCUCAUCCCACGCACUCCAUGAGCACCCCAAGGCUGGGGUUUGUUGGAUUUUCAAUGGCUUUCUAAAGAUUUUAUUUCCUGGACAUUCUCUUCUGCUUAGGAGAGACCGAGUGAACCUACCUUCAUUUCAGGAGGGAUUGGCCACUUGGCAUAUGACAACUUUGCCAGCUUUUCCUCCCUUGGGUUCUAAUAUUGCCACAUUAGGGGAUAUAUAUAGGAGAGGAAAAGUAAGGUGCAGUUCCCCCAACCUCAGACUUAACAGGAAGCAGAUGCACAUAUGAGUGUGGAAGGCAGAGGGGGUUUAUGUAAGAGCACCUUCCUCACUUCCACACAGCUCUACACAGCAAGUAAACUUGAGUUUUAUUUAUUUUAUCCUCUGGUUUAAUUACAUAAUUGUUUUUUACAUUAAGCUCCAGGAUACAUGUGCAGAAUGUGCAGGUUUGUUACAUAGGUAUAUAU